AGAGAAAAGUGAUUUGCUAGUUGGGCUGAGGAUCUCACCGCAUUAAAGACUUGUGCUUGAAGCCAAUUUCCCUCCAACACCAUCUUCCUUAACUGUGAAAAAGUAAAACGCCCCAUGAACCCCUACCAAACUACCACCCCUUCCUCUUCCUCUUCCUCUUUUCCCAUUUAAUGCACUCGCUGCACCUCUUCUCUUCUGUCUCUGUACCUAACCCUUUUCUUGUCGUCAGCAAAACAAUAAUUCCCCGAUCCAUUAUUGUUCAAGUUUUAACUUCCAUUCAUCCUAUGCAAAUCUUUAUCAAAACUCACCAAGAAAAAUGUCAUCUUUCUUCAUUUUCUUGCUCACAUUGCUUUGUUUUUGGCUACUUCUUCAAUGCUCAAAUGCCCACAUUUUCACUCUGGAAAUGCACCACCGAUUCUCUGAACCCAUCAAGAAAUGGUCCCAGAAAACUGGCAAGAACUUCAUGGUCCAAAGCUGGCCUACUAAGGGCAGUGUAGAGUACUAUCAACAGCUGGCUAACCAUGACAGGCUACUAAGGGGCCGGCGUUUAUCAGAAUCUGAUGGACUUCUCACUUUUUCUGACGGCAACUCAACUUUUCGGAUCAGCUCUUUAGGAUUUUUGCAUUAUACUACAGUGACAGUAGGGACACCUGGCAUGAAGUUUAUGGUGGCGUUGGAUACUGGGAGUGACUUAUUUUGGGUGCCUUGUGAAUGUGGGAGAUGUGCAUCUAUUGCUGAUCCACUUCAUAGCCCACUUAGUUCCUUGCUGCAGGAUUUUGAGCUUAGCAUAUACAACCUAAAUGGGUCAUUAACAAGCAAGACAGUUACUUGCAACAACCAUUUUUGCUCACACCAGGCUGAUUGUCUUGAUACUUCUAGUCGUUGCCCUUACUCUGUAUCCUAUGUCUCAUCUGAAACUUCAACUUCUGGAAUACUAGUGGAGGACAUUAUACACUUGAAAAGUGAAGAUGACCAUGAAGGACAUGUUCAGGCAUACAUAAUUUUUGGUUGUGGACAGGUUCAAACUGGAUCUUUUCUAGAUGUGGCAGCUCCAAAUGGUCUGUUUGGGCUUGGCUUGGAGAAGAUAUCAGUUCCUAGCAUUUUAUCGCAAAAAGGUUAUACAGCUGAUUCUUUCUCUAUGUGUUUUGGCCAUGAUGGCACUGGAAGGAUCAACUUUGGAGAUAAGGGAAGCCUUGAUCAGGAAGAGACUCCAUUCAACGUGAAUCCCUUACACCCAACUUACAAUAUCAGCGUUGUCCAAAUUCGUGUGGGAACUGCUCUCAUUGAUUCAGAAUUUACAGCUCUUUUUGAUUCUGGAACCUCUUUCACGUAUCUUGUUGACCCUGCCUAUUCAAUGAUUUUGGAAAACUUCCAUUUACAAGCACGAGAUAAGCGCCACCUACCUGAUGCAAGGAUCCCAUUUGAGUAUUGUUAUGAUAUGAGUCCUGACGCAAACACUAGUUUGAUUCCUACUAUUAGCUUAACUCUUAAAGGUGGUGGUCAGUAUGUUGUGUAUGAUCCAAUCAUUGUCAUCUCCACUCAGCAUCAACUUAUAUAUUGCCUUGCUGUUGUCAAGAGUCAAGACUUCAAUAUAAUUGGACAAAACUUUAUGACUGGCUACCGUGUAGUCUUCGACCGAGAAAAACUUGUGCUGGGAUGGAAGAAGUUUGACUGUGAGUCCCUUGCUACAGAUGAGAUUUCAGUUCGCAACUGCACAAAUGCUUUUGUUCAUUUGUUAAAAAAUAACAACGGUUAUGAUGAUGUUGAGGAAUCAACUGCAUCCAUACCAAGAAACUCAAGCAGUGUGCCGCCAGCUGUUGCUGCUGGUGUAGGAACUAAAUCCACGCCAAGCUCAGAAGAAAAUAGGAGGAGCAAACCUCAGACUUCUUUUGCAUCAUCCCCUGAUCACUGCUUCCAUCUGAUCUACCUGCACCUCCAACUUUUGUUCCUGCUGACUCUAGUAUAGCAGAUGCUGCUCGAUCCUCACUUCCCUUCUCCAGAGGAGGAGCCUAACUUCAUCCGACUAUUGAGACAGUGUUAGUGUGUUUAGUACAAGAGCCUUUGACAAAGCAUCUUUGCUGUCUGCUUCCAUGGAUUAUCAAACCAUGGCUGCAGUAGAUACAGAGCGAAGAUAGAAUGUAAAUACAGCGAAGAUAGAUUGAUGAUGCCAUUUUUUGGUUGCUUCCUUUGCCGGUGUUUCUUUAAGCUAUUCUUUCAGUAGAAUAGAAGGCCAGUCGUUUGUUUUUGUACAGUGUUGGUGGAUUCAAAUAACGGAGAAUUAUCAUUCAUUUGUGUUCCAUGUGUAUGAACGGCUUGCCCUCUC